UGAGUCUUCAUUCCCAGCUCCCGACCCUAACUGCCUUGAGAUAAAGGCCUUGACCCAGGGAGCAGCAGACAGAUGUUGAUCGGGACGGAAGUAACUGGUGUGUGGGGGCACUGGGGCAUAACGCGAGGGCAAAAUGCGAACCGAGACUGUAAGCGUUGGUUUCUCUAGCCAGCCCACGCCUCCUGCCUCAGCUCAACGCCACUCCCUCCCCGCCAAGUGGCUCUUGGCUCUGGAGGCGGGACCGAGUUCUCCGGUGGCCCCUGGAGGGAGGUUCGGGCUGCAAGCUUUGGGAGGCUGGGAGGGGAGAGAGGGAGGGGCGCUGACUGGGCAGUCCAAAGAGGAGGGGGCCUUUAAUAGGCUCGCCCAGCUCCUGGCUCUCAGCGCAGCGAGUGGCUGCGGUUCGAAGUGGUCCGGCACCUCCCUCUAGUUCUCGGCUGCAAAUCUCUGUCCUUGCACUUGACAGCGAUUGUACUUAAGCUCCCAGGGCGCGAUUUGCUUGGAAAGGCACAGGUAGGAGGCGCGGGCUGUUCGGUGCACGCUCACUGCUCUGGGAGGAGUCUCUCUCCCUUUGCUCUGCUUUCUGGGAGCUGCGGACUGCCCCGGAGCGUUGGUGGUUCCCGUGUGCCUGCUGCAAGGAGACUCGCCGGCGGCCGGGGAGCCGCGCCGAGCCCUUCUGAGAGUGCGGCAGUGCGCUGCCCGGCGCCAUGCUUCUGCUGGGCAUCUUAACCCUGGCUCUCGCCGGGGGACCCGCUGGUGGGGCAGAACCAGAGCAGGAGGUGGUGGUUCCCAUUCGACUGGACCCGGACAUCAAUGGCCGCCACUACUACCGGAGGGGUCCCGAGGACUCCGGACACCAGGGACUCAUUUUUCAGAUCACAGCAUUUCAGGAGGACUUUUACCUACACUUAACUCCAGAUGCUCAGUUCCUGGCGCCCGCCUUCGCCACUGAGCAUCUGGGCGUCCCCCUCGCGGGACUCACCGGGAGCUCUGCAGACUUGCGACGUUGCUUCUACUCUGGGGACGUGAACGCCGAACCAGACUCCUUCGCCGCUGUGAGCCUGUGCGGGGGUCUACGCGGAGCUUUUGGCUACGGAGGCGCCGAGUAUGUCAUUAGCCCACUCCCCAACGCCAGCGCGCAGGCAGUGCAGCGCAACAGCCAGGGCGCACACCUCCUCCAGCGCCGGGGCGCCCCUGGCGGGCCACCCGGAGAUCCCACCUCUCGCUGCGGGGUGGCCUCAGGCUGGAACCCCGCCAUCCUGCGGGCGCUGGACCCUUAUAAGCCGCGAGGGACCGGCUUAGGAGAGAGUCGCAGCCGGCGCAGGUCCGGGCGCGCCAAGCGCUUCGUGUCUAUCCCGCGGUUCGUGGAGACACUGGUGGUGGCAGACGAGUCAAUGGUGAAGUUCCACGGCGCGGACUUGGAGCAUUACUUGCUGACGCUGCUGGCCACAGCGGCGCGACUCUACCGCCAUCCCAGCAUCCUCAACCCCAUCACCAUCGUUGUGGUCAAGGUGCUACUUCUCGGAGACCGCGACGCCGGGCCCAAGGUCACGGGCAACGCGGCCUUGACGCUGCGCAACUUCUGCGCCUGGCAGAAGAAGCUGAAUAAAGUGAGUGACAAACACCCAGAGUACUGGGACACAGCCAUCCUCUUCACCAGGCAGGACCUGUGUGGGGCCACCACCUGUGACACGCUGGGCAUGGCUGAUGUGGGCACUAUGUGCGACCCCAAGAGAAGUUGUUCUGUGAUCGAGGAUGAUGGGCUUCCAUCAGCCUUCACCACUGCCCAUGAGCUGGGCCACGUGUUCAACAUGCCCCAUGACAAUGUGAAAGUGUGUGAGGAGGUGUUUGGGAAACUCCGAGCCAACCACAUGAUGUCCCCAACACUCAUCCAGAUUGACCGUGCCAACCCCUGGUCAGCCUGCAGUGCUGCCAUCGUCACCGACUUCCUGGACAGUGGGCAUGGUGACUGCCUCCUGGAUCAACCCAGCAAGCCCAUCUCCCUGCCUGAGGACCUACCGGGUGCCAGCUACAGCCUGAGCCAGCAGUGUGAGCUUGCCUUUGGUGUGGGCUCGAAGCCCUGUCCCUACAUGCAGUACUGCACCAAACUGUGGUGCACUGGCAAGGCGAAGGGGCAGAUGGUGUGCCAGACCCGCCACUUCCCCUGGGCAGAUGGCACCAGCUGUGGCGAGGGCAAGUUCUGCCUCAAGGGGACCUGUGUGGAGAGACACAACCUCCAUAAGUAUAGGGUGGACGGUUCCUGGGCCAAAUGGGAGCCCUACGGCCCCUGCUCACGCACCUGCGGGGGGGGCGUGCAGCUGGCCCGGAGGCAGUGCAGCAACCCUACCCCUGCCAAUGGGGGCAAAUACUGCGAGGGGGUGAGGGUGAAAUACCGAUCCUGCAACCUGGAGCCCUGCCCCAGCUCAGCUUCCGGCAAGAGCUUCCGGGAGGAGCAGUGUGAGGCUUUCAAUGGCUACAACCAUAGCACCAACCGGCUCACUCUUGCCGUGGCAUGGGUGCCCAAGUACUCAGGUGUUUCUCCCCGGGACAAGUGCAAGCUCAUCUGCCGAGCCAAUGGCACCGGCUACUUCUAUGUGUUGGCACCCAAGGUGGUGGAUGGUACACCAUGUACUCCUGACUCCACCUCGGUCUGUGUCCAAGGCAAGUGCAUCAAGGCUGGCUGUGAUGGGAACCUGGGCUCCAAGAAGAAAUUCGACAAGUGUGGGGUGUGUGGGGGCGACAAUAAGAGCUGUAAGAAGGUGACAGGCCUCUUCACCAAGCCCAUGCAUGGCUACAAUUUUGUGGUGGCCAUCCCUGCGGGUGCCUCGAGUAUCGACAUCCGCCAGCGUGGCUACAAGGGGCUGAUUGGAGAUGACAACUACCUGGCCCUGAAGAAUAGCCAGGGAAAGUACCUGCUCAAUGGGCACUUCGUGGUGUCGGCCGUGGAGCGGGACCUGGUGGUGAAGGGCAGCCUACUGCGCUAUAGCGGCACGGGGACCGCGGUGGAGAGCCUGCAGGCCUCCCGGCCCAUCCUGGAGCCCCUGACCGUGGAGGUCCUCUCUGUGGGCAAGAUGACGCCACCCCGGGUCCGCUACUCCUUCUAUCUGCCCAAGGAGCCUCGGGAAGACAAGGCCUCUCACCCCAAGGACCCCCGGGGCCCCUCUGUGCUCCACAACAGUGUCCUCAGCCUCUCCAAUCAGGUGGAGCAGCAGGGCGACAGGCCCCCUGCACGCUGGGUGGCAGGCAGCUGGGGGCCUUGCUCUGCAAGCUGUGGCAGUGGCCUGCAGAAGCGGGCGGUCGACUGUCGUGGUCCCCCAGGGCUGCAUGUGGCGUCUGCCUGUGAUGCAGCCUAUCGGCCGGUGGAAACGAGAGUCUGUGGGGAGCCCUGCCCGACCUGGGAGCUGGGUGCCUGGUCGCCUUGCUCCAAGAGCUGCGGCCGGGGAUUUAAGAGGCGUCCACUCAAGUGUUUGGGCCCUGGAGGGCGGCUGCUGGCUCGGGACCAGUGCAACCUGCGCCGGAAGCCCCAGGAGCUGGACUUCUGUAUCUUGAGGCCAUGCUGAAUAGGACUGUCCUUUUCUCCUUCUUACUCUCUGCCCAAUUGGUGCUGCCGGUGUUCUGACCAGCUGGAGCCGUGGGCAGAGGGCAGUGGCUGGGGGUCCAUGCCAUGACGUCACCCACUUCCAGGGACAAGGACCAGGGACAAGGGUGAGAGGUCCCCUCCUCCUCCCUGGCCUCGGUGGGGGAAGCCAAGUGACUAAUGCACAGUCUACCUCACGCCGGGCUCCUCCAGGGCCCAGUCUCUGGGAGAGGCUGAGAGGUGUGGGCACUGGGUAGAGGCGCCGGGGCCCGGUUUCCAAGGGACCUGGAGGAUGGGCACCUCCCAGGAAGAACUUCAGGGACCUUGGCCCCCAUCAGGGAGGCCACAGGCUGCUGGAAGAGCCAUGGCCCAGCAGCUUGGCACCCUCAGGUGGCCCCGGGGGGGGCUCUAAGCCGUUUCUGAACAGGCAGGUUUUUAUGGUGCUGUCAGCCCACCUUUUCUUUCUGACUGACAAGGACUGAAUAAUGAAAAAUGGCUGGGGUGGGCAAAAACUGGUGGGAGAGUGGGAUUAAGUAUAACUGGAGCCUGGGCCACCCCGUUUGGGAAGAGGUAUAUGUGUAGGGGGAGUCUGGAGGUUUCUCAUCGGUUUUCUACUCCUGGCCCUCCCUCAAGAGCCACCCACCUCUUCUCACUGUGUUGUCUGUGACAUCAGGCUGGUGGGAGGGCUUCCAAGUACAUGCCCUCUGACACAUUGAAUAUAGAUAUAGGAAGCCAAUAGGGAGCCUACUGCCUUCUUCAAGAGGGAUCUGACCAUUAAAAUAAGAUACAAGGGAUGAUGGAUUCUGUGGUAAAGCAUGGAGUUUGAAGAGUGACGUAGGGGGUUCUGUAUCACUGGUGGCUGGGCUUGAACUUAUGGCACACAACACCCUGGGAUGGGGAGGAGGAGGCCCCAGUUCAGAUGGCUUCUUCCUCCAGAGAGGCAGGUAUAAAUAGGGCUGCUACCUUAGCUCUGUGUUGCCUCAGAGAACCUUCAGAGUGGCCAUGGUCUUGUCCCCACUAAGAAGGGCGUGGGAAAUGCACAGAGGGCUAGGUGCUGAACAUCCACAUGCCUGCAGGUUGGUUUUCAUCUGGCCAGCUACAUAUGGUCUGGCUUUGGGCACAUCACAUGACAUUGCAGUUGUAUAGUGGGGUUCACUGUUUGCUACCUCAGGCUAUGCUCUCUGGGAACCAACAUUUGUCCCUCCCCAGGGGCAGUGGUGACCCUGGUGCUUCCAGCAGACCUGGCUGUUGUCCUCCAUAGACUGAGCUGCCCAGACACAAAGAUGAUUGUGUGGUGCAUUGUGUCCUGCUCCUCAUAGCCCAGCCAACCACCCACUGGUGUUCCAAAUAUGAAGACAGGAUCUCUCUCCUCAAGUGCCUUGGGGACAGGUUUCAGGUGACACCAAGAAUCAAUAAUCUGACCCAGAAGCCCUUGGCAGCCACAAUGGGAACUCUUGUCUAUCCUGGAAACAUGUUGGGGAUAUAGAUACCAGGGUGUUUCCUAUAGCUCCACAUGGGAAGAUGUUUUGGAGUUAGCAGUCUUUGGUUAAGCAGGGUAUUUCUUGAAGGUGCAGCUGCUCCAGCAUGUACAUGGGAGAUUCUGCUUCUGAGUCAGGUAAUAUAUACUGGACUUUAGCAAGGUGACAUCAGAGCAAGUAUCUUCCCUGGGAAAGGGGUUCAUUCCUUUUAUCUGGCAUCCCCUAAUAGCCAGAACCCACAAACCAGCCAUCCAGGCAAGCCUCUGGGAUGGUUUUCCAAAUUCCAGCCUAACCCCAGGCUGAGCCCUCAAACAGCGCUCCCCCAGAGGGGCUGAGGGCAUGUGGAUUUCUGAGGCAGGGCUGCAGUCACUUCUGAAGACUGAAGUGAGGAGGAAUCUUCCCCCCUGCAUGGGUGAACACUGUGGGGCUGCAGCAUCAAAGGGAACCCAGGGCUCUAGGGCAGAUGUGGACCCCCACUAGCUGACGAUAGCACUGCACCCUGUGCUUGGUGCACCCAUCCUUGGUGAGGAGGUGGUGGCACAGGGGCUGUGCAGAAUGGGCAGGGGAAUGGGGUGGGAGGGAAGGGAGCUGCCAUCAGUGGGGGUGACUGGCCCCCUAGCAGAGCAGCUUUACAAAUUAUUUCAAGGAGGGACAACCUAUCUUGUUCCUGACACAAGCUGGGUCUCAGUGCUUUUUUCUGUUGUGAUGUCUUUCUUCUUCCUUUUUUUUUUCUUUUUAAAAUAAGUAUGACCAAGACAACUUGGGAGGUUUGUCUUAUCCUUGACCAUUUUGCUAAUCCAACCAUGCUCUCCAAGGCUGAGCAGAGACAAGCCUCAAGGUAUAGGUUUCUGAUGAUGGGAUAAAAAAAAAUUAAGGUGGUAUCUCAUGUCUGUGGAAGAGGAGGGAGAUUCUGUGGGCUCCAGAAACUUCUUCCAUGGGGUGUGGACCAGUAAGGAUCUGGGCUCUGGAGCCCCCUGCCUCCUCUGCCCUUUGUGUGCACUGACUAGAGGAGUCCAACCUUGUGAACCUUGCUGUGCUGGAGUAGAGGGCUGGGUGAGCUGGGGGGCUUGGUUGUUCCCAGCCCAGGAGUUGACUCCCAAAGGCACUAGACACUGUCACUUACAGAGCCCCCUUUGUGUUUGGUUCUUUUGCAUUCCACGUGCUGCAGAAGGAUGGAAGGACCUGGGUACUGGCUAGGCUGUGUAUACUGUGUAUACAUGGGAGCUGGCUGCUGCAGGGACGACAGCCUGCUCCUAAUAAAGUUGUAAGUAUUUAAAAUCUGUGUCCUGCUUCUGUGAUUUCAUCUUAUCCAUGCAUAGAUCCCCCUGUAUCUGCUGUGAACACACACGAUGCACCAGCCAUGGGAAUAGGGGCUAUGAUAGUCACAACAGUGACUAGGACAGGCACAGUCUCUGUCCUGUGCAGCCCCCAGGCUAGCUAGGGAGGCAGAGUGAACAGUUGGGAAGCAAAGAUCCAGAAUAAUGACAGAUGAGGUAGGUGCAAAGAAGAGAUGAACUGAUGCUAAGAAAGAGAACUUGCAUCUGGGUGUGUAUGGUGUGUGGGGUAGAGUGCCCAGGGAAAGCCUGGCAGAGGAUGGGGUUUAGGGGCAUUCUGUGAUUAGCAUCUAAGUGUCAGACAGCAUUCAGAGUCUGUCUCUACUAAAUAGACCCUCACUUAGUAUACAUGCCAAACUUGGGCCCUCAAAUAUUAAUAAUAUUAAUAAGGUUGCAAAUAUUGAAACGCACAACCCUUUUGAGAAGGGGAUGGGAGCCUUUCAGCAGACGAGCAGCAUGCUGGGACUUGGUGACUGGAAGGACCAGGUGUGCAGGAGGGUCUGAGAGAAGGCUUGUGAGGCAGGACUGUGGUGAGGGGAGCAAGGCACAAAGGAAGGCCAGAGGGUCCCUCAUGUGGGGUUUCCCAGACCCCUGAGGGCCCUACUAAGUCUCCUGAGGGAAAGUUCCAUUGUGUUUGAAGACUGUUUCCCUCUUCCUUAUUUGGUUUUGGUCUGACAAUGUUAACAAAUACACAGGCGGGGGACUGGUGUGACCCAUUUUAAUGAACAUCCAACUAGGAGUCCAGAAACUUGCGUUGGUCUUAGAUCUAAAAUCCUCUUCUGGGACCCCCUUUUCUAUCUGCAAAGUGGGAAAGGUAGAUUUAAAUCCUGAAGGUGCUUCCACCUUUAGCGGUCUGGGUUUCUAGACACAGUUACGUUUUACACUUUGGCAGAUGAUUAUUUGGUUUCAGUCUGGUGUUCAGAGAUGAAUGGGGUUCCUUUCAUGCCGUUCCUGCAGGGCAAGGCCAUGGGAUAAAUGACUGAUUGGAAACCUAGAGGCCCAGGGUGAGGGGUGUGGAGUGGGAGCUUGGAUGAAGCUUCAACACUUGAUAGAAGGUUCUGGUGGAAGAAGGAGUUAGCCAGAAGAACCCACUUUGACACCAUGGGCUAGUUGGAGGCCUGGAAGGGACAAGGAAGGGUUCGGGUUGAUUGAUGUCUAAGCUAGAAUUCAGCAACUUUAAGGUUUUUAUAAAAUUCCUCAAAGCAUUGUCAUAAUCCUGGGGUUGUUAUUUCUGUUACCCCUUCUGUUUUCCAUUGUAGCAAUUGCCAAUAAAACCUUUCUGAGGAAAA